AAUACGAGAAAUUUAAGGAAUAAAAUAGGGGACCAACUUUAGAAAGGAUCAGCAAUGUCGAGCAGUAUGUUAUCGAGCUUCUCGGAAACCUUAAAUGCAUCCGAGGCCGCACUUCGUCUUCUUAUCUCCAUUUUACUUGGAUUACCUAUUGCCCUUUUUCACAGAUAUACUUUAUAUGGAAAAAGUCCGAUUCUUCAACAUUUAUUUUUCUCAAUCUCUGGCAUUUUGAUCUGCUACUGGAAUUACGAACACAAUACAUUUCACUCAGCAGCAACAUUAUGUAUCACUUACCUCAUCUUGAAACUUUUUGGUGGUACUUCUUUAUCGGUUCUCGCUACUUUCGUCUUCAAUAUGUCAUAUCUUCUAUACGGAUAUUACACGACAAGUACAGAUGAUUAUGAUAUUAAAUGGACUAUGCCGCAAUGUGUAUUAACAUUACGAUUAAUUGGUCUAGCGUUCAACAUACUUGACGGUAAAAAAUCAGAAGAAAAGCUAUCUGCAGUGCAGCAACAGGUGGCCUUGAAAGAACAACCUACAUUUUUGGAGGUUGCAGCAUUUACGUAUUUUCCGGGGUCGUUUCUGGUCGGUCCACAGUUUAGUAUGAAAAGGUACUUAGACUUCGUGAAUGGUCGACUCAUUGAUGAUAGCGUUAAAAAGGAUGAAAUUAAAUUACCGGAUUGCGUGACACCUGGUAUUACUCGAAUACUGAUCGGAUUUAUUUACGUGAUAAUGUUCCAGUUAGGAACUCUAUAUAUUCCGAAUCAAUAUUUGUUAAGUACAGAGUUUCUGAAACACAACUUCCUGAAACGUCUACUUAUGAUUGGCUUCUGGGGCCACGUUAAUCUCUAUAAAUACGUUUUCUGUUGGUUGUUCAGUGAGGGGGUUUGCACAACUUUCGGACUGACUUACAAUGGAAGAGAUAAGAAAAAUCAACCUGUUUGGAAUGGUUGUGAAAAUAUUCAAUUGUUGACUUUUGAAACAGCAACCAGAUUUAAUUAUUUGAUUUUAUCAUUCAAUAUAAAUACUAACCAUUGGUGCGCGGAGUAUAUUUACAAGAGGCUGAAAUUUUUGGGGUCGAAAUUGUAUAGUCAAUUCGCAACGUUACUCUUCCUCGCCGUAUGGCAUGGAUUCCAUUCGGGAUACUAUGUGUGUUUCUUCAUGGAAUUUAUUAUCAUGUAUGCUGAAAGAGACUUAACUCAGAUAUUAGAGAGAAACGAAAAGGUACAAAAUUUGGUGAAAAGUCAUCCCGAAAUUCGGAUCGCCUUUGCAAUUUUUACGUUUAUCUAUACGUCUAUGUUCAUGGGCUACAGUCUUGUUCCUUUCAUUCUUUUGUCGUAUACUCGUUAUCACCAGGUAUACUCUUCUAUUUAUUACAGUGGUCACAUUAUCUACCUAUCUUAUCCUUUCGUUUCUAUACUACUUAAGAAAUUCCUUAUCAAAAGGAAACCAAAAAAGCUCGAAUAAUACCUAACAAGUUUUUAAGAAAUAUUAUCGAACAAUAUGGCUCUUUAAAUAUUGAAACGAUAAAAAAGUUUGUAAGUGGGCAAAAAUUGCUUACAAACUAUCUAUUUUUAAAAAGUGAAAAAUACAAUAUUAGAUUAUAGGAUAGAUUUGUUGAAAGAGAGAGAAGCUUGUCAUCUACGUACAAGUAGGAGAAUAUUUUCUUAUUAGGUCUUGCCAUCAAAAAGUAUUGCCUCGAUUGUUUUCUUUUAUAAGACAUAUUUGUGAUUUGACAUCGCAUGCUUUUUAAAAUUGAUGGUAGACGUUUACUGUUAACCAGGGAAGACUAUAAUGCAUGUUCUUUGUAAUUUGUUCGUGAUUGAUACAUACUUAAAUUAAUCGCACACAACGUUAACAAUUAGAGACGUUGUCUUAGUUGCUCGAAUUUAGGGAAAAUAUCACUUUCUUUAAAUAAGAUGUAAAAUUAAUUUUUAAUUGCUCAUAGAGUAAUUGAGAGAAUUUUCAGAGCUUUCUUCUUGUCGGAAGAAUUUCUGGGAGAAAAUUUUUUUCUAUGAAAAGGUGCUCAGGAUUUUUUUUAGAUGUAAUGUAGACAGUGAAUAUUUUCCCAAAGUAUUUUUUAGUGAUUUUAGGGAGUUAAAUGAUCACAUUAUAGAAAUACGAUAGCGGCUGUGCAAACUAGUCAAAGGAAGAAUCGUGAUUUGAAAAAUUUUAGCAAAAUUUGUAAAACAAAGUUUUUUCUUCGAAUAAAUGAUAGUCAUCGUUUCACAUGUUUGUAAUUACACCGCUGCGCAAGAUAUUCGAUUAGAAUUGUUCGAAUAUUUAAUGAAAAUAUCUAUUUUUUGUACAAUUUUCUUUAAACGUAUUUACAGAUUUAACAGCAUUUAUAAAGUGAUUAACUUAGAAUCGAGUCAUUUGUUGAUUUGAAAGUAAAUAUAUUAUUCAAUUCUCUUUGUUAGAAUUGAAUCGUGUAAGCUCAAAUUUGACUAUAAGCGAGAUGGGAAAAGAUAAUGUAUGAAUGAAUGGAUGAUAAAGAGUCUUAUUACAUUGAUUCCUUUUAGGGGAUCUAGCGCAAAAGGGAAUAUACCUUUAGUGAAUGGUGCGCAAAAUAUUUUUCACAAUUUUCUUUGUACUAAACACGUUACUACGCUAACUAUAAUAUAGUUUAAAUAAUUUUGUAGUAUAAAGGCGAGACGUACAUAUCGAGGGUUUCCCUCCUAACAUGGUAACGGUAAUUUUUAUUUGUGUUAUUGCAAAAUUAUUUUCGAAUAUACUUGUACUUUAACAGGGGUGUGCUUUUGUGUUACUUCAACCCCUUGUGAUUUACUUUUGUGUUAAGUAAGCUAAUCCUUUAGCGAAACUAGAAGAGAAAAUAAAUAAGGAUAAAAUUUUACAAAAGUACAAAUAGUUUUAUUAAAAAAUACAUACGUCUAUUAUAAUUAUUUUCAUUUACGCUAAUAAAAAAAUAUAUCGAACAUCACUUUACUACAUUUGGUAAUCCUUUGUAGAUAUCAGUAUUCUAAAAAAGAUCAAUAUUGUUAUUGAAGACAUGUUUGAUUAACCAAUCCUUCUUCAUUUUUAGUAGUAUUUAAAUAACCGGUAGAAUCAUUCGAAUAUCUAACAUAUUUUUGAAAAAUUAUUGAAGUUAAUUAACCCCAAUAAAUGUCUUCGGUAAAUGUUCUAAGAAUUUACGACGAUAAAUAGUCAGAGUGUUUAAGUCUAAUAAUAUCCUACAAAAAAUCUGUAAUAGUAAUCUGUAUUACGUACAGAUCGGUCUGCAAAAUCUCGUAGAUGUACAAUUUUCCCAAAUGAUAUCUCUUUAAUCAGAGAUUUACCUGUAUUCGAGUAUUUCAUUGCCAGUAAACAUUCUCACGUGCGAUGAAAGCGUUUAAUAAGGUCCACCAGAGCUGGACGGUGGUGCGCCAUAAUUAUCCGACGGGGGUGAUUGCGGAGGACCGUAUUCAGCGCUCUGUGCUUCUUUCUAAACGAUAAAGAAGCAAUAGCAUUAAGUACUUUGUUUGUUAAACUUUGAAUUCUUAAUCACCUGUUAUUGUACUUGUAAAAAA